UGCCAUUCGAUAUAUAUUUAUAUGCAUUCGAUAUAUGGCUAGCAUAUCAACCCUACUCGCAAUAAGAAAGAAAGACGAUAACGAAACAAGAAAGAGGAGGCAGCAAUUUAAUAAAUUACAAAGGAAAAAAGGCAAUAGAAUAUUUUAAGCUGUGUGUGUGGUUUAAGCAAGUGUACAAUUCGUGCAAGGACAGUAUAGCCCACGAUACACACACACACACACGCGAGAGGAGCAGCAGCAGAAGCAGCAGCAUACAAACACAACACAGAGACACACAAACACACAACACACACACACAGUUUAGAUGAUGAGCAGCAGAACGGACACGGACGGCUCCUCCAUACGUUUCAGCGAUCACACACUGGACAAAGCCACCAAGGCCAAGGUGACGUUGGAAAACUACUACAGCAAUUUGGUGACACAAUACGGCGAACGCAAACAGCGACUGGCCAAAUUAGAGGCACAGCUGAAGGACGAAAGUUUGACAGAGUCGCAACGCCAGGAGAAACGCUUACAACAUGCGCAAAAGGAGACGGAGUAUUUGCGCCUCAAGCGAUUGCGUCUCGGUGUGGAGGACUUUGAGGCAUUGAAAGUCAUUGGUCGCGGUGCGUUCGGUGAGGUGCGUUUAGUGCAAAAGAAGGACACGGGACAUGUGUAUGCCAUGAAGGUGCUGCGCAAAGCGGACAUGCUGGAGAAGGAGCAAGUGGCUCACGUACGCGCUGAGCGCGAUGUUCUCGUCGAGGCCGAUCAUCAAUGGGUGGUCAAAAUGUACUACAGUUUUCAGGACCAGGUCAAUUUAUAUUUGAUAAUGGAAUUCUUGCCUGGCGGUGAUAUGAUGACACUUCUGAUGAAAAAGGAUACGCUAUCCGAGGAGUGCACACAGUUCUACAUAAGCGAAACUGCGUUAGCGAUUGACUCGAUACACAAGCUCGGUUUCAUACACAGGGACAUUAAGCCGGAUAACUUGCUGUUGGACGCGCGAGGACAUCUAAAGCUCUCCGAUUUUGGACUGUGCACUGGUUUAAAGAAAUCGCAUCGCACAGACUUUUAUCGGGAUCUGUCGCAGGCAAAACCAUCCGAUUUUAUUGGCACCUGCGCCAGUCCCAUGGACUCGAAACGGCGUGCUGAAUCGUGGAAACGAAAUCGACGCGCCCUCGCCUACAGCACAGUGGGCACACCCGAUUAUAUAGCUCCCGAAGUAUUCCUGCAAACUGGCUAUGGACCCGCAUGCGAUUGGUGGUCACUUGGUGUUAUAAUGUACGAAAUGGUUAUUGGAUAUCCGCCAUUCUGUUCGGACAAUCCACAGGACACGUAUCGCAAGGUGAUGAACUGGCGCGAGACAUUAAUCUUUCCGCCCGAAAUACCCAUAUCGGAGGAGGCCAAAGAGACGAUCAUUAAUUUCUGUUGCGAGGCCGAUAGGCGUCUGGGAUCGCAGCGCGGUCUCGAGGAUCUAAAGUCGGUGCCUUUCUUUCGUGGCGUCGACUGGGAACAUAUUCGUGAGCGCCCCGCAGCAAUACCCGUGGAGGUGCGUUCCAUUGACGAUACGUCCAAUUUCGAUGAAUUUCCGGAUGUCUCGCUGGAGAUACCAUCAGCGCCAGUGCCGCAGGGCGGUGAAAUUGCCAAGGAUUGGGUCUUCAUCAAUUACACGUACAAGCGCUUUGAAGUGCGAAAUUUGGAGUGAAGCUGCGCAGCUUGCCGGUUGCCACAGUUUGCCGCCAUCACCGCCACCAACAACCCAACAACAACAACAACCACAAUCACCACCACCACCACCAAUAAAAACAAGCAACAAGAAAUCACUCACAACACCACCAGCAGCAUUAGCAGCAUCAAAAGAAACCACAAUUGCAAUCGCAGUCUCUCUAACACCAUCAUCAAAAGCAUUCUCCAACGCUAGAAAACUUAAUUUUCCUUUUAAAUGUCUUACCUACAUGUGUAUUUAAAUACUAUAGCUAACAUUUGUGAUUCCAAAAAAAAAAAAACAAAAACAAAAAACGAAACAGCAAGAAAAGUGAACAGCAAACAAACAAAAAAAUAACGAUAUGUAUUGUAAAUGUUUUGAGCCUCAAAUUAAGUUAGACGCUUAUACUAACUAAUAUGCUCCACUGUGUAUGUGUAUGGCUUCGUUUAACACCGCCCAACCCAUCCUGUCCCCUCUUGAAUAACCUAUUUGGCAAUUGUUUAUAAUGAUUAUACAUGUUUUUGUUUUUUCUUCAUUGGGCAGCAGCGAAAUUUGUUGAUAAAUUUCAUGAUAAAUGUUUAAACACAAUAUUAUUAUUUAGACAAUUGUGAAAUGUUUUAAAUUUAGGCACGUUAUUUAAUAUACUUACACAUAUGUAUGUUUUAUAUUUAUUAAUUAUAAAACACACACACAUGCGAGUUGUAUGUAUUACAAAGAACAUAAAACUAAACAAAACAAAAAAACGAAUAUCAGCAACACACACAAAUUAGUUACUAAACCAACAAUAAGAUGUAUUUAAAUGUCGGUUUCUUUCAGUGUACACAAUCCCAAAAAAAACAAAGCUCCCUCCCAUUACACUCUUACAUAAUUUAGUGUUUCUCUUGUAGUUAUUCCUUAAAAGUUCUUCAAGUUUCGUGUGUUUUCGAACAAAACAAGUUAUCGCUGGUAAAACGCAAGCAAAUUAAAUCGAAUUAUCUACUAUAUACAAAAAAAAAAAAAAAUACAAAUAAAAUAGAAGAAAAAAAGGAUGAGUAAAGAACUCUAAGCGAGCAAAACUUAAAGUAAUUAAAAGCAUACCUAUAAAUAAAUGAAACGAGUAAACAA